AGCGAAGACAAACAAGUCCAAGUCCAACCUUCAGAACCCGGGCCGGUAUUUCCCGUCCCUGGCGUGUCAGAGGACAUCGAAGAGGAAACAUGAGAGAUCACCGACCGGCUCUAUUUCCUCUGUUUCCCUAUGAGAUGACCUAUACUGCCGGGUUCACACGUCAUCCAGGUGGGAUACCCCCGAGUCCCAAAGCAGCGCUAGGCGUCAAGCUCAGAACGGUAUGGAACGUCGGUGCGCUCCCUAUGCCCGCAAGUGCUGCGUCUGCCUCCCCGUCGGGGGAGCAAGGGAAUGGGAAUGGGAAUGGGGAUGGGAGGAAGGGGUGGACGAGGGUCGAGGAGCGCGCAGAGAUUUGGGCGCCUCUCGGGUUGUUGGGCUACGUUAGGCGGACGGUGGUCCGCGCGCAUGAGGAGUUGAUGCGUGCUCUGGAGAAGAUGUUGGAGGCUCUGUGCACGUGAGGGAAGUACAGAGCUGGGUUUGGUGAGAGUGGGACGAGGAGACGGGUCUUGCUGCCGUGCUCUUUGUACGGUUGUACGUAUCUGUAACGGUAGCAGGAAAUGUGUGCGUUUAAUGUAAGAUCUCG